GUGUGCUAGCUGUCAACGAUUUUUUAGUGAUUCCGGAUGCAACAAUAGGAUUGAUAGGAAGAUAGUGUUGGGGAAUAUGGUUACGAUGCCAAGUGAUACGUGCGGAUACGUCCUUUUCCUCCUGCUUCUCGUGCCGUACAUCGAGAGUGCUCGCAAACUCAACGAAUACAUACGACAUUACGAACCUCUUUCGUAUUCAACUGACGAACUUCAUCGGCAUCACUUGAGGGCCAAGAGAUCAGUAGCACGUGACAAUGCAGUUAAUUUAAAAUUUCGCGCACACGGAAAGGACUUCCACAUACGACUCAAAAGAGACUUGAGUACAUUCAGUAAUAAUCUGGUAAUUGAGGGUCCAUCUGGAGAGGUUGAGGAUCUAGAUACAUCACAUAUUUACGAGGGUCACUUACUCGGUGAGCCAAAUAGUCAAGUGUUUGGUAGUAUAAGUGACGGUGUGUUCCACGGUCAGAUAAUAUCACCACGCCAUGGUGCAUGGUUUGUCGAGAGGGCCCAUUACUAUUUCCCUCCACAAGCUGUUAACGAGUCCCACCACUCUGUCAUAUACCAUGAGAAUGACAUCGGCGAUCCUUUUGCAGACAAACGAGAGGGUGGUGCCAGUGGUUGCGGUAUCACGGAGAAGGUGGCAGAAUGGAUGGACAGGGUUCAGAAUUCGGGUGAACCUGACGCUCCACCUCCGGUAUCAGCUAGGGAUUCAACAUCAGAUGAUUUGAUAAGGGAGAGGGAGAGGGAGAGGGGUAAGGAGUCACGGUGGGGUGGCCAACCAGAAACACCAGGCCACAAGUACACAAGAGAGGCGAAUAGUGAAACUGGUGAACAGCAACAUAGAAGAAGUCGAAGGGCAACAAGUCCCCAGGAGGACAACCGUAACACCUGUGCCCUCUCUAUUCGUACCGAUCCCUUUAUCUGGCGACAUAUCUCCGAUCAUCUCCAACGAGAUCCGGAGAAAACCAGAGAGGAAAUUCUAUCCUUGAUAGCACAUCAUGUUACAGCAGUGAAUUAUAUAUACAGGGAUACUCGUUUCGAUGGAAAAAUACCCCAUCGAAAUAUCAAAUUUGAAGUUCAGAGGAUAAAAAUAGAUAAUGACACUGCCUGCUCUCAUCCAUCUGAUCCAAACGCCAAUGUAUUCUGUCGGGAUAACAUAGACGUGUCGAAUUUUCUCAAUCAACACUCAUUGGGGAACCAUGAGGACUUUUGUUUGGCUUACGUGUUUACGUACAGAGACUUUACUGGAGGCACCCUGGGACUCGCCUGGGUUGCAUCAGCUUCCGGUGCAUCUGGUGGCAUAUGCGAAAAAUACAAAACCUACACUGAAACGGUUGAGGGCAUGUAUCAGUCGACAAAGAGGUCCUUGAACACUGGAAUCAUUACGUUUGUAAAUUACAAUACCAGAGUGCCACCCAAAGUUUCACAACUGACGCUUGCCCAUGAGAUUGGCCAUAACUUUGGCUCACCACACGAUUUUCCUCCCGAAUGUCGACCUGGUGGACUUCAUGGAAAUUAUAUAAUGUUUGCAUCUGCCACCAGCGGCGAUCGGCCGAAUAAUAGUAAAUUUUCAAAGUGCAGUAUCAGUAAUAUCAGUAAUGUUCUUGAUGCUAUGAUGGAUAACAAGAAGCGUAAUUGCUUUGGCACGUCUGAGGGUGCAUUCUGUGGAAAUAAAAUAGUUGAGGCCGGUGAGGAGUGUGAUUGUGGAUAUGAUUAUGUCGAGUGUGUAGAUAAGUGUUGCUAUCCGAGGCAGACUGAUCCCGACAGAUCAAUGAACCACAAUGAUACAGCCAAGAGAUGCCAGAGACGGGCUGGUGCGCGAUGCAGUCCUAGCCAGGGACCCUGCUGCUCCAGUGAAACAUGUCAGUUUGUUCCAGCAUCUGCCAAAGUCCAGUGCAAAGCUGAAUCUGAUUGCAGUUAUGAUUCAAUGUGUAAUGGAAGCUCUGCCGAGUGUCCACCAUCCUUGCCAAGGGCUAACAAGACCAGGUGCAAUGAGGGAACACAGUUAUGUAUCGAUGGUGAGUGCACAGGAUCAAUAUGCCUGGAAUGGAACAUGACGGAAUGUUUUUUGACAAGCAGCAUUAUUCCGAAUAUCGACAAGAGAACUUUAUGUGAAUUAGCGUGUCAAAAUGGCACUGACGCGUCAACCUGUCGUAGUACAAGUGAAUUUGCACACCUUGUCGGAUUGCCAAAGGGAGGAAUUAGCUUAAGACCAGGUUCACCAUGUGACAAUUUCCAAGGUUAUUGUGACGUAUUUCUCAAGUGCAGAGCUGUUGAUGCUGAAGGACCUCUAGCAAAAUUGAAAAAUUUAUUAUUCAAUAAAGAGACCUUGUUGACAGUGGCACAGUGGGUUACCGAAUAUUGGUGGGCGGUUUUAUUAAUGGGUAUUGCAUUUAUUAUAUUCAUGGGUCUAUUCAUAAAAUGUUGUGCCGUUCAUACACCCUCGAGCAAUCCAAAGAAACCACCGGCGAGACGAAUAAGUGAUACUUUGAGGAGGCCAAUGAAUACUCUCCGAAGAAUGCGUCAUCCCCAUGGUGGUCAUCCCCCAGGUCCAAGGAGUAUUCCUCCACCAGCCCAGGGUCGCAGUCACGGAAGUCGAGGACCCUCGCAUGGCUACGGAGAGGGUCGAGGUGCUCAAUACUAUCCCAAAGGAUAUCGCUCGGUUCCCACAGCUAGUGCACCCGCAAACAGCUCAUCAAGCCACAGUCGGUCCAAUCAUCCAGAAUUGUACGCCGGCGCCUAUUCGGGCUCCGGGGGAGGGGGGAGGGGCCCAGCCUACGAGAUGAGACACCACAACAACAAGGUGUGAUUAUCAUUACCGCAAUCACAACUUUAACACUAAAAAUGAUAAAAUUUAGUCAGUCGUCGAGGUGGAGAGUGAUAUCUCAAUGUUCAGAGAGUCAUGGGUCAACGGACAAAUGGUUAAAUAAUUUCACGUGGUUUCUUCCUCUAGUAGAAAAUCAUGUCGAGGGCCCGCGAUAAAGACUUAUAGGAUGGAAUUCUUGGUGUUACAAAGAAAAUAGCUACUAUUAAGAAUGAUAAAAAAUGGAAAAAAAAAAUAACAAAACAGAUGAAAAAACAAAAAAAUGAAAUGAGAAUGGAGAUUGUCGCUCUUUUUCCUCAAGUCUCUAAUGAUAUGGCCACUAGGUCAAGCUAGCAGCUGGUUAAAUCACCGAAAAUCUUCGUGUAAUCUAGUUGAAAUACAGUUUCGAUAGAGUAAUCCUGGGCAUAUCUAAUAAUUGAUUAUCAAAUUGUAUUGAUUAGAUUAAAUUUUCUAGGAUUAAUUGGGUUCGUAGUGACUGGGAGGGAUAUUUGAAUUAUGUGGGAGGACUAACGGGACGGCUGAAUAUUUUUUUCCUUCACCAUGACGAUAUUUUUUCGGCGAUGAUAAUGACGUUGAAACGUUACCAAAACAUUGUCACAGGUCAUUCAAUUGAUCUCCAUACAAUUGUAGUAUAUAGUAGUUACAUUAUAUGUAUUAUUCUUAUAUGAUAAUUUUUAUUAGAUAAAUUAAACGAGUAAUUGAUCUAAUAAAUGGAAAUAAUGCCUCCUCGAAUUAUAUAAUUCCCAGCUGAUGAGCAAAAUACUAGUGUUCAUUCGAUUCUAUAAUUAUUCAUUAAUAGUUAGCAACUGUCAUUGAUUUUUAUCUACAUUAGUAUCGGUUGAAUAUUAAAGUUCAUAAUUUAUAUGACUUUUUAUUAAUUCGAAUGGGAAUAUUCUCGUUUUGUUGUUUCUUUUGUAACGACGAGUAAAUUAUUCCAAUGUAAAAAAGAAUGAUCUAUAUAUACAUAUAAAUAGAGUAGGACGCUUUAAGCGAAGGUCAUGGUGGACCAAAGAGUGAAAUUGUCGUGAAAUUCAAUUUGGCUGGAAUCGUAUGAAAGCAUUAGUUUUCCUUCCGAUAACCUUUUUAUUACCAUUUUUCUAUUAUUAAAUUGGCAAAUGAUGCAUAUACUUGAUAAGGCUGAUUACAUAUUCUCAAUUUUAGGUGUUUAGAAUUUCUACAUUCCAGGCCAAGAUUCUACAACAAUAAUUCAUUACAAUAAUUCUUUUGCUACAUUAAUUUCCGAGUUGAAAUAUUUAUUACAGCAGGAGAGACGAGCCAUUUAGAUUCUCACCACAAUAAUUGACAUUAAUUAAAAAUAAGUAUAUAGAGCGAUGAAGACAGAAUUGAUUUCAAUGACAAGCUAAUGUUAUUCUGUAUUUGUUGUCGUGGUUCUUUAGUUUCAGUCGAAAGGGAUAAAUUCCAGUGGCCAUGCCAAAAAUAAUUUAAUUAACGAUCAAUAUUGCAAUGUAACGAACAAUUGAGUUGAGGCCCUUGAGAUUGUGGGUCGAAUGACAAUGUACAAUAGAUACAAUGUGAUUAAAAUGGUGUGGAAAAAUAAAAAUGAGGACCGUAGAGCUGGCAGAACAGAUGGCAAAGUAGAAAGAAGACUCAAAACUUUAAAUUAACAAACGAAAAUUGAAGAGAUAAUAGUGUACUGUAUGUAUGAGUGCGAGCCAUAGGUAAAACGCAAGAAUCACAAGGGAGAGAGAACAAAAAUGUAAAUACAUUGAUAUUAUAUAUAAACCGUAACUAUAAACGUAAGAUAACGAUGCGAUGAAAAUGAACAAAAAAAAAUUGAUUGUUUUUAUAUCAGAAAAUCUGUAUGAUAGCGGGAUAAUUCUGUAUUUUGUAAUUGGUACUCUGAAUGAGACUAAAAAUUCCACAUUCAUGUACCAUUUUUCUAUGUGCACAAAAGGAGAAAAAUGUGGAAUGUACAAUUUAGUUUUCAAGGGUGACAUCUUAAUGAAUAAAGACUUUCAUGAAUACGUGAAUGUCGAUUUUUCAACUUAUCAAGUAAAUUUAAACUUGAUGAGAAUUUUAUCUAAGCCUACAAUGGUGCAUCAAGUUGUAUAAAUGUUUAAACAACUAAUGGUAGCAUAACGAGAGCUUUAUCAAAACAACACUCGGAUUCAUUCACUGUUUUAGUUCUCUUAAUUAUCAUUAUUAUUUUGUACCAAUUUACAACUGCCAUUAUCUUCAUCGAUGAUUGUACCAGAGAAUUAAAGAUUUCAAGGGAGGGAUUUAAAGACAGCGAAUUAUUUGCUGAUUGUAAUUGCAAGUGAAGGACUCACUGCCAAGCUAUUUCGACAUUUAUCAGCCUUUUAAUAAUUGUUAAAAAUUGACAAUUUAUUACUGCUUCCAGUUCACUGCCAAAGGACUCGUAACUGUGGCAUAUCCUCAUAGAUGAAAUCGAGUGAUUCAUUGAUUGAAAUGCGCAACAAUGUGAAUAAAACGAGUUGGAUCUGCUUAGAAAUUUAUUCAAUUUUUUUUUUAAUUUCAUUGUGGAAAAAUAAAAAUGGGUACAAGCUCUCGUUGAUAGUUGAAUAUUGCUUGCGUGCGUGGAAAUGAAACAGAGAAUGCGUUGAUACGCGUGAAUAACGAGUAAAAUAUUCAGAUUAACUUCAAUUAUUUUCCCCUCUCCCGUGAAAAAUUCCCUUCAACAGUCUAUCUCUAUUAAAAAAUCCCCCUUCAGUGCUUAAAGGCUUCGUUUCAAUCGUGAUACGAUGCGUUUAAAUCUAUCACCUGUACAUAUAACGUCAAAGGAUGAAACAAAUGUGGGGAGAAGAGAAAUUAACAAAUUUUAAAUUAUAUUUUUUCUAUCAAUCCAAAAAAAAAAAGGAAAUACUUAAAAAGAUGAAUGGAUACGAAUGGAAAAGUGUAAAAAAAAUGUGAGGGAUUUAUUGAUAUUUAUACGUCCUAUUUGAGUCUCCAUUAAUUUCAAUCACCCUGAUAAUUGAAAUAAUAAAUUAAUUUGACUGUUUCUGUAUAGGAGUCAUUAAGAAAUAUAUAAACUUGAGAACCAGUUGCUUGGAUAUCAUAAAGCACCAAGUGGCCUUUGCUUUCUUUAAUACGUUGAAUCUUCCCUCUUCAGUUCCCCAAAUAAAUUAACGUCGAAAUAAAUUCAUUAUUUUACCAAGCAUGAACGUAGUGACGUCUGAAACUCUUUCUCUUUUGCUCGAUUAAAU